AUGUCUCAAACAUGAAUGAAGGUAAUUCAGCAGGAGGGGGGCAUGAAGGGCUCAGCCCGGCCCCUCCUGCUGUGCCAGACCGCGUAACUUCAUACUCAACGGAAAAAUCGGUUGGAACUCCCAAACAUAUAACAACUAGUGGGCCGACAUCAAGUGGCAGUAGAGCCGUUAUAGCCGCAGCCUCGCCGGCUGCCCGCCACCAGCAUCACCACCACCAGCACCAGCCGACGCAGGGAAAAGGAAUCGCCGGCAAACAGCAGGCCAACCAACAGCAGCAGAAGCCCCAGCUGCCCAGUGCGCAGCUGCCUGUGCCGCUGUCGCCUUUGCCGCAACAACAGCAAACGACAGAGGCAACGGCAGCCACGCCAGCGGCAGAGACACCCGCCCAAGCAUCAACUUCCACCUCCACCAGUAGCACCAGCAUCAUAGAAUCCUCAGUUUCGCCGCCGCAGGCCAAGCGUCAGCGUUUGGACAACGACCAGCCGUCGAGCUUGGGGAGUAGUAGCAUUGUUGGCACCGCCAGUAGCAAUAUUGUUGGUUCCUUGCUGCCGGCGUCGGUGGCUGCCAGUAGCGAGGUUGGCGGAGUCUCGUCAACGGCCCUCCAGGACCUGAAUGCGCUCAAGAAGCGCAUACUUCAGCAGAAGUUGCAGAUCUUGCGUAAUCUUAAGGAGAGGCAUCUUGAAAAUGUGUCCGAAUACUUUUAUUUACAAAACGGCGGCAGUAUGAUGGAGUACCCUGCGUGGCGGAAGAAGACACCAACCCCGCAGUUCAUUAGCUACAGCAAUGCGAACCGUAUAGAUCAGCUGGUACACGAGGAUAAGCCGAGCACAUCGGCAGCAGCAGCAGCAGCGGCGGCCCAAAAUCAGGUCCAAAGAAAUACUACGCAGCAAGUGGCUUCGGUAGAGGCCACUCAGUCAGAAACUACUACAACUACUUCACCAUUGGAUGGCAGCACAACAAAAACGAAUACGCAAUCUCAAGUGCCAAACAAGAUUGGCACUGCGGCUGCAACAUCCACAGCAGCAGCAGCAACAGCAACCGCAAACAACUCGCCCCGAAGCAACAGCUCCACUGGAGCAGCAGCAACUACAAGUGCCAGUUCGGUGGAGGGGAGCAGCAAUGUGCUGCCACCAGAAGCGGAGAUCAAAAUUCCAGCCGUUGGAGCCACACCAGUGGCCAUUUCGACGAAACUACCCGCCGCCGUUGUCCAGCUAACGCAGCAAGGUCACAUACCCGGUAGACCUUUAGGAGGUCGUCACGGUAUGGUCUUCGGUCAAAUACCCGCUCCUCCUGCUGCCGUAGGAAAUCCUUCUGUACCUUUGGUGCCAGGUGGCACUCCUCUGGUGCCCUCAGUGCGACGCAUCCCAGGUCAUGCCACUGGAGGAGCAUCUGGAUCUGCCGGCGGAGGAGCUGGCACACCCACUCCGCUCUACACGGGCAAUGGCCUGGCGACACUUACACCGGGAACACCGACCACACCCGGCAGCCUACUCAGCCCGGCUGCUGGUGCCGGCACUCCGAGCUCCCAGACCGCCACCCAGGAGUUCUCGUUCAAGGCCAAGCAGGAGGUGUAUGUGAUGCAGCGCAUAUCGGAGCUCCAGAGAGAGGGAUUAUGGACUGAGCGGCGCUUACCCAAGCUGCAGGAGCCCAGCCGCCCCAAGGCGCACUGGGACUAUCUGCUGGAGGAGAUGGUCUGGCUGGCGGCCGACUUUGCCCAGGAGCGCAAGUGGAAGAAGAACGCGGCCAAGAAGUGCGCCAAGAUGGUGCAAAAGUAUUUCCAGGACAAGGCCACGGCCGCUCAGCGGGCGGAGAAGGCGCAGGAAGUUCAUCUGAAGCGAGUCGCCUCCUUCAUUGCCAAGGAGGUGAAGAGCUUCUGGUCGAACGUGGAGAAGUUGGUGGAGUACAAGCACCAGACGAAGAUCGAGGAGAAGCGCAAGCAGGCGCUGGACCAGCAUCUCAGUUUCAUUGUCGACCAGACGGAGAAGUUCUCCCAACAGUUGGCCGAGGGCAUGAACAAGAGUGUGGCAGACACUCCCAGUCUCAAUUCCAGCCGCCUAACAUCACCCAAAAGGGACUCGGACGAUGAAUUCCGACCAGAGUCUGGGUCGGAGGAUGACGAGGAGACCAUUGCCAAGGCCGAGGAAGAGGCGGCCGACGUGAAGGAAGAAGUCACAGCCCUGGCGAAGGAAUCAGAGAUGGACUUUGAUGACUUCCUCAACGACCUGCCCCCCGGCUACCUGGAGAACCGUGAUAAGCUGAUGAAGGAAGAGCAGACUGCCUCGAUUAAGACGGAGACUCCCGACGAGAGCGACGACAGUGAGUUCGAGGCCAAGGAGGCCAGUGACGACGACGAGAACACGAUCAGCAAGCAGGAGGAGGCCGAGCAGGAGAUCGAUCACAAGAAGGAGAUCGACGAGCUGGAGGCGGACAAUGAUCUGUCGGUGGAGCAGCUGCUGGAGAAGUACAAGUCGGGACGGAUCGGGGAUCAGCCGCCCAGCGCCAAGCGCAGGAAGUUGGCUGAGAUCGAUUCGGAUGAUGAUUCCACGGCAGUCGAUGACUCCACGGACGAGAGCGAAGUGGAGGCCACCGAUGAGGAGGAGGACGAGGAUCUCUCAACCAUCAGAACGGACACGGACAUGGAGGAGACGGAAGAGAAAGAAGGCGGCCUCAAGAGUCUCAUGUUGACUGACGUCGAUGGAUCAGCUCCUGGGAGUGAUGGGAAAACGGGAAGCAGUGCCAACAAGGACGACAUGCUUAACGAUGCCGCCGCCCUGGCCGAGAGCCUCCAGCCCAAGGGCAACACUCUUUCCUCCACGAAUGUGGUUACCCCCGUGCCAUUCCUGCUGAAGCACUCGCUCCGAGAGUACCAGCACAUCGGACUCGACUGGCUGGUGACGAUGAACGAGCGGAAGCUGAACGGCAUCCUGGCCGACGAGAUGGGUCUGGGCAAGACCAUUCAAACGAUUGCCCUGCUGGCCCAUCUCGCCUGCGCCAAGGGCAACUGGGGGCCGCAUCUCAUCGUGGUGCCAUCGUCCGUGAUGCUCAACUGGGAGAUGGAGUUCAAGAAGUGGUGUCCUGGCUUCAAAAUCCUCACCUACUACGGCUCGCAGAAGGAGCGAAAGCUGAAGCGCGUCGGCUGGACGAAGCCGAACGCCUUCCACGUCUGCAUCACCUCCUACAAGCUGGUGGUGCAGGACCAGCAGAGCUUCCGCCGCAAGAAGUGGAAGUACCUGAUCCUGGACGAGGCCCAGAACAUCAAGAACUUUAAGUCGCAGCGAUGGCAGCUGCUCCUCAACUUUUCCACCGAGAGACGCCUGCUGCUGACGGGUACACCCCUGCAGAACGACCUGAUGGAGCUCUGGUCCCUCAUGCACUUCCUCAUGCCGUAUGUUUUCUCCUCCCAUCGCGAGUUCAAGGAGUGGUUCUCUAACCCUAUGACGGGAAUGAUCGAGGGCAACAUGGAGUACAACGAGACUCUGAUAGCGCGUCUCCACAAGGUGAUUCGUCCCUUCCUGCUGCGUCGCCUCAAGAAGGAGGUGGAGAAACAGAUGCCAAAGAAGUACGAGCAUGUGGUCAUGUGUCGCCUGUCUAACCGCCAGCGUUAUCUCUACGAGGACUUCAUGAGCCGUUCCAAAACCCGGGAAACCCUGCAAACUGGCAACUUGCUGAGUGUAAUCAACGUGCUGAUGCAGUUGAGGAAGGUGUGCAAUCACCCGAACAUGUUCGAAGUGCGCCCCACCAUCUCGCCGUUUCAAAUGGAGGGCAUUACAUUCCACACGCCACGCCUCGUCUGCGACUUAAUGGAGUAUGAUCCGUUCACGCAAGUCAACCUGGAGACCGUGAACCUGCUGCUGUUGCAUCUGGAACAGACUAUGACCGCCUACGUGUCUCACAAGUCCCGCCAAUUAGCUGCUCCUCGUAAGCUGAUCGAGGAGAUCGACACAGCACCACAGGCUGCUCCCCGAUGUCCAAAUGGACAGUACAGAUUCCACAUUCGGGUGCGAAGUGCAGAACUUGCGCAGAGAAUAAAGUUGAACGCGGUGCGAGUCGGUGCCAGCCCGGCGAUGCGGAUGGAGGGCUCUAAGGUGGUGCCUGUGCGGAAUCUGCUGCCCAGCGGUAGAGUUCUGAAGCGAGUUAGUGCGUCCAUCAAUCCCGUCAACAUGGCCCUGAAGCCAGUGGUAAUCAACAGUGUUGUGUCGACGCCAUCCCCCAAUGCUACGUCUCCUGCUGGGGCGUUGAAUGUUUUGGGCAGCUCCAAGCUAUUGGGGGCUCGCCCGCAAAUGAAUGCUCCGACGCCGGCCAAGGUGGCCAAGACGAUGCAAGAUGGGAAACCGUUUUUCUACCUCACUCCUGCCACAAACUCCGGGGCGUCUGGUGCUCGGUUGACGUUGACCAGCAAAACCACAACUUCUGUCCCGACGACGACUUCUUCGACAACCGCCGGGUCUGCGGCAGUCACUGGGCCGGCAAAUGCGCAGCAAGUGAUCCGCGAUCCCAUCGUCAAGGAUCUGGCCCUGCACGUGAAGAGCACGGCGCAGAAAAAGAGCAUCGCCAACGGGAAGACAGAGCCCGAGGAGGAUGAAACGGAGGCAGAAGAUCUCUACAAGGUGCAAGAGCUGGUACAGAUGCGCAAGGAGCAGCGACUGGCCAAUCUGAAGCGGAUGGCCAUGAUCAACCGGCGGCGCACCGAUGCCACGCCCAUCUACGGGGAGGACUGUCGCGGCGCCAUAGAACGCUGCAUGCAGGCCACGCGAUCGCUCCGCAGAUCUACCUGGCAGACCCGGGGAUAUGCCAACUGCCACAUGGCCAUGCUGCACCGCGAUGGCUGGUCGCUGAACCACCUGCUGAAGAGCUUCGAGCAGCGAUGCACCGAUCUCAAGCCGUUGUUUGCCAACUUCGUGAUCUACGUGCCGUCAGUCUGUGCUCCGCGAAUCCGUUGCUACGUCCAGAAUCUCUCUUCGACGCGGCGGCAGUGCGAAAUGGCCAUCGAGGAGCGAGUGGGCCGGGAGGUGCUGCCCAAGCUGGCCCUCCUGCAUCCCAUUAUCUCGGCGAUGAGGACACAGUUCCCAGAUCCACGCCUCAUCCAAUACGAUUGCGGCAAGCUGCAGACCCUGGAUCGGUUGCUCAGGCAGCUGAAGGCCGAUGGACAUCGUGUGCUGAUCUUCACCCAGAUGACCAAGAUGUUGGACGUGCUGGAGGCUUUCCUCAACUACCACGGCCACAUCUAUCUGCGAUUGGAUGGGUCCACCCGGGUGGAACAGCGCCAGAUGCACAUGGAGCGCUUCAACGGCGACAAGCGAAUCUUCUGCUUCAUCCUCUCCACCCGAUCCGGUGGCGUGGGCAUCAAUCUCAUGGGAGCCGACACUGUGAUCUUUUACGAUUCGGACUGGAACCCCACGAUGGAUGCUCAGGCACAGGAUCGUUGCCAUCGUAUCGGACAGACUCGGGACGUCCACAUCUACCGGCUGGUCUCUGAGAAGACGAUCGAAGUGAACAUCUUGAAGAAGGCCAAUCAGAAGCGCAUGCUUAGCGACAUGGCCAUCGAGGGCGGCAACUUCACGACCUCGUUCUUCAAGAGCUCCACCAUCAAGGACCUGUUCACGAUGGACCAGACGGAGCCGGACGAGUCGAGCCAGGAGAAGCCGGAGGACAAGGACAAGAUCACCACCACCACGACAACAGCAGCAUCUGAAACACCAAUGGUUGUGGAAUCUGAGAAGCAGUCGCUGCGGGCUUACGAGCACGCAUUGGCCGCUGCCGAGGACGAGCAGGACGUGCAGGCCACCAAGACGGCCAAGGCGGAGGCGGCAGCCGAUCUGGCCGAGUUCGAUGAGAACAUUCCCAUAGCCGCAGAUGACAAUGCGGACGGCGGAGGUCAGGUGGAGCUCAGCAAGGCCGACCUGGAAAUGCAGAACUUGGUCAAGCAGCUCUCACCCAUUGAGCGUUAUGCGAUGCGCUUUGUGGAGGCCACUGGAGCUGCAUGGACGGCGGAACAACUUCGUGCCGCUGAGGCCGAACUGGAGGCGCAGAAACGUGAAUGGGAGGCCAACAGACUGGCGGCCAUGCACAAGGAGGAGGAGUUGCUGAAGCAGGAAACGGAGGCCGAGGAGCUUCUCACCUACAGUCGCAAGGACUCCAGCAAGCAGGUCUGGAUAUCGCGCAACACCAUGGAGCAAAUGCCGAUGUGGUGUCCGCCCACCCCGCCCCAGGAUAACGAUAACGAUAUCUACAUCGACUACUCGCUGUCGUUCAUGUACGAUCUGGAGCCUAUUCCGGAGACGGAGCUGCCGCCUGUCUAUGUCCGCAAAGAGCACAAGCGCUCGCGCACGGAUGCCGGCUAUGACGGCAGUCGGCGGCCGAACAAAAUGCGGCGGGAGGACAACUAUGUGCCCCCCAGAUCGCUCUUCGAUCGACCCAGUCCGCAAUUGGCGCGUCUGCGUCGUGAGCUGAAGGCCCAGCGCUUCCGGGGAAGCUUCAAGCCCAACUCACCGAUUCCGGGCCUGAAACCUCCGAUUCCAGCCAAGCCACUGACCGAACCAGAGGCCAUGGCCGAGUGGGGCAUCUUCGAGGACAUAGCCAUUCUGCAUGUGCUGGUGAAUCUUCAAGGUCUGCCCUGCAGCCUGAUGCUCCUCUCGCCUGGCCAGACACCCAACUGGGACCUUGUCUCUGAAAUGGUUAACUUCUGCUCUAAGACCUACCGCUCCUCUCGGCAGUGUCGUUGGCGCUACGAAACCCACAUCCAGCCGCGCGAGGAGGGCAAGGUGGUGGAGAGCCCCAAGAAGCAGAAGAAGCUGAAGCCCACUCUGCGCACCGAGUACGUGAAGAGUCCCUUGCGCUACCUUCGCACCACACAGCUGUAUGUGCAGGACAACAACGCCUCCUUCUACAAGACCAUGCGAUCUCGGUUUGACAGCAUCAAGACUGCCUACCUGAAGAAGGCGCCACCGCCCAAGCGCCAGUUCAGUGCGCCCAGCUUGAUGAAUCCCAAGCACAUGGAGGUGUUGCAGGAGUUUGGCAUCCAGAACUACGAUCAGCCGGUGCCCCCGCAGAAUAUAGCGGCCAUGAAGGCGAGCAAGAUCCGGGAGAAACAGAGGGGACAGCAGUUGCCACCGCCGUCGGUGGGACAGCAACAGGUUGCGCAGCAGCAGCAGCAGCAACAGCAAGUGCAGCAACAGCAACAGCAGCAAGUGCAACAGCAACAGCCCCAGCAGCAACAACAGGUGGUGCAGCAAGUGCAGCAGCAACUGCCCACUGUUUCCAGUGUACAGCAGACCCUGCCGGUCCAGCAGUCGGUGGAACUGGUGCAGCAACAAGCUACUGGCACAGGCACCACAACGGUAGCUGUGCCCGGCGCCGGGCAACUGCAGCAACUACAGAUUCAGCACCUGACCGGCGCCACUGUUUCGCCCGGCCAGCAGACAGCCAUCCUGCUCCACCAGCCACAGCAACAGCUGCGGACUCAUCCCGGACAGGCGGGACAGACCACAACGCAGCAGCUGGUCAAGACCAUUGUGGGCACAUCGUCGAGCUUGACGGCGGGGCAGUUGCAGCAGCUGGCGCAGCAAUCUGCAGCCAACUCCGGCGGCCAGUCGAGCGUCAGUGUGGUGCUCACAACGCCAGUGCAGUCUCUGCCGGCGGUGGUGCAACCGCAAACGGGAUCCGGUGCCCAGAUUGUAUCGAUAUCGUCGCAGACCACUCUGCCGGUGAACAGUUCCCCCCAGUUGGGCAGCAUUGUACAGACCCAGACGCUGCCGCAGGUGGUUUCCGUAAGUACCUUGCCCACCGUGGGCUCGGUUCUGACCACCACGGCCAGUCAGCAGCAGCAGACCACUGGGGUGACCACCCUGAACACGGCCAUGUUGCGGGGCCAGCGAAUUGUGUCCGCCGCUGCUGGGAAUACUCUGCAGCAGCGAACUACUGCCGGUGGUCAGUCCAUUGUUUCCAUGCCUAAUCUGGGCCAGGGUGUGAAUCAGCAGUUCCAGGCGCAACUGCGAUUGGCGGCCGUUCCAUCCUCGCCAGCCACUCAGACCACUCAACUGGUGACCACCAAGGGCAUCCCGGUGAGUGCCCUGCAGCAGGGCGGCAAAACGACUGUGAUUCCCGGAACCCAGCAGCCCGGCGGAGCUCACAUUCAGCUCUACAGGCAGCGUAGCUUGAAGGUGCUGCAGACCACCACGCAGGCAGCAGCCGGAGGUGCAGCUGCGGGAACUGCAGGAGGAGCCACAACGAGCCUGGUGCAGGCCGGAGGCACUAUCAUACAAGCUAGCAAUAUGCCCACCCAUGUUACCAGCCAGAAGGUGGCAGUUUCGGGGAUACCGGGCUCCUCCACUACCGUGCAGGCGGGCAAUGUGGUUAGCAGUGUCCAGAUGCACGGCCAGGCCAGGACGCAGUUCAUCAAGCAGAUGGCCGCUGGUAAGCAGGGACUACAACGCCAGGUGGUAGCAGCAGAUGGCACUACCACCACAACGGGAGCGGGUGACAUGCUGCUGGUGAAGCGACACAACAUAUUGGCGGCGCAGAAAGCCCAACAGGCCACUGGGGCAUUGUUCACGACCACCACGGCAGCUGCCCAGCAGCAGCAGCAACAACAGCAGCAGGGUCAACUCCCUGUCGCGGGACAACCGCAACAGGUGACCCAGCAGCAGAUUGCGUCCCUGGUCAAAGCCUCCACGGCGGCGGCAGCCAGCGGAAGCAGUGUGAGCGCCGGCGGAGUGACUGUUUCGGCCACCGGACCUACUGUACAGGCAGGAAACGUAAACAUGACGCUGCCUCAGCUGAAACCAGGCAGCCAGAUCAAGGUGACCAUGCCCAACCAGAUGCGACACCUGCAGAUGCAACCACAGCUAAUGCCGCGAAAGAUCAGUCGGAUGACGCAGUUGGUGAGCGCCACUGGACAACCCACAGCCACGAAUAUAGUGGCCACCACCAGCGGCCAGCAGCAACAACAGCAGCAGCAACAGGGCGGGGUUACUGUGUCAGGAGGAGCAACUCUGCCGACAGUGGCCGGCCAACAGCAGCAGCAGCAGCAACAGCAACAGCAGCAACAACAAAAGGCCGGCGGAGGAGGCAGUGUCCAGGCGCAGUUGUUGCACAUCCAGAACACGAAGGCCUUGCCCAAUUCGGUGACUGUUCAGCAAAUCCAGCAGGUGAUGCGCAGUGGCCAACAGGGCACUCUGGCCACCACGAACCUGGUGCUGGGCAAGACCAGCGUGGGUCGGGUGAUUCCCGUCUCCGUGGCAUCACAGGCCAACCAACGACAGACUAUUCAGGUGGUAUCUGCUGCUUCCGCCCAGGCCUUGGCGGCCGGCAAUCUGCGCACCCAUGUGGCCGGUCCGAAUAUAGCCAGUGCUCUGAAGGUGGCCGCAUCUGGGGCUGGUGGACAGACCACGCAAAGAACGUUGAUUGAUGCACUGCAGCACAAUCUGCGUCAGAACGCCAGUCCAGUGCGACUGCAGACCACGGCCGGAGGAAAUCUUCUCGCGGUGGUCCAGCAACAGCAGCAACAACAACAACACACGACCAUUUCGGGACCCACGGCCGGGCCGGCGGAGGUGAUGACAAUAACUCAGACCACCACCACUCUGCCCACAGUCGGAAGCAUACAGCAGCAGCAGCAGCAACAGCAGCAACAGCAACAGCAGCAGCAGCAACCGACAACGCAACAGGUACGCAAGUUGGUGCAGAAAAAGAUCAUGAUACGCAGUGAGAAAGAAUAACGGUCCAGCAGAGCCGCCAGAUCACGUCACCGGCGAAACAUCCCGAGCAUAAACACCACCGCCACUGCCACUGCCACCGCCACUGUCACAGCCACAGCCACUGCCACUGCCACAAACUCAAUUUCGAAUCCCACAACCACUAUUUCCACAACACACCUGAACACCACCAACAGCCUGAUACUUUCGAAAUCCCAAAAAAAUCGAUCAAAAUUAUAUUAGCUCUCUCUCAUCUCAUAAUCCGUACGAUCCUCAUGCAUCCAAAAUCAGAAUCAGUCCGCCAGUCCAGUCAUUGCUAAAUUGAUCUCAAUUUCUGUCGAUUGGUUUUGCAGCCAUGAGCUCUCGAGGAUGACCGUGAUGAUUGAUGACCAUUGAUGAUGAUUGCUUCAAUCAGCCGCCGUAUUAAUAAUCUUACUGAUCCGUACUAGUUCUUAACUGGAAAUUAUUUGUAUAAAUAAAUAUAUAUUACGAACUAUUUAUAAUUUUUUAUCGAGAAGCGAGAAGAAGUGUACUACUUAGCUGUAACCCCUAAAGUUUGUAAAUCGUAGUCAUGUAAGGUAUUCCGUAAGUGGCGUAGUACGUACAUCCGUAUACCUAAUUCAGAUCUAUCCGUAAAAGAUACUACGCUAGUACCCUUAUAUAUCCUAUAUAUGCAGAUAGUUUUACUUACUGAAUAAAAUAAAUUAUGCUCUAGUAUAAUGAAAAAAAUGCAAAUAAAUAAUGUAAAAAUC